GAAGGCUGGCACCAGGUCCAGCUGUGACCACAUCCCUGAGCCGUGCGUCUUCUGCUCCAUCAGGACGCAUUGCACCCAGAACUUGCUUCCGAGUGCGCACGGUUAGGAUUGGUUAGGUUGCGCGUUUUGAGCUUAAUCCGCCGUGAAAAUACCUCUAUAGUUCCUUCAGAAGAUCGACAACAUUAACUUAGGAGACACCCGAGUCUGUCUCCACUGAUGAAUUCUUGUGGCUUUCUCUCAUUGGCGCAUCUUUCCGCAGGACCCGGUGCUUCCACUCCGUAGCCAAAGCGUCCGUUGGUGCUGGUGAUGUAAGGCUUUCCGACUGAGCGCUCACUCCAAAAACUGUUACCGGUGUUGCAUCUUCUCCUAGAGCAUGGGAUCUAUCAGUUUUUAAAGUAAGAGGCCCGGGACUCAAACCAGACACUGCUAAACAAGGGAAAACGACAGAGAAGAGAAGAAAGGAGCGAUGGAGUCUUUAUUGUCGGAACAGUCGGCCACAGUGGACGACCUGGUGGAGGCGAGCAUCCAAGCCUUUGAUGAAAAGGGCACUUUGAAGGAUGCCACCUUGGUCCGCAUGUUCCUCAUGAUGCACCCUUGGUACAUCCCUUCAACUGACAUGGCUAAGAAACUAGUAUUAAAAUCUCAAGAGGAGAGCUGCACUGCUGAGUGCCGAACAAGGAUAUGCCAUCUCGUCAAGUACUGGAUCUCGGAGUUUCCAGCAGAGUUCAAUCUGAGCCCAGAGCUGGCGGACCAGAUCAAAGACUUUAAAGACCUCUUGACCACCGAGGGCAAUGAAAGCCAGAGUCAGCUCAUUGACAUUGACAGUGUGCCAUCAUAUAAAUGGAAGCGACAGGUAACUCAGCGGGUCCCAUCUGUGUCCAAGAAGAGGAAAAUGUCCCUGCUGUUUGACCACUUAGACUCAUGUGAACUGGCCGAACACCUCACCUUCCUCGAGUACAAAUCCUUCUGCAAGAUCCUGUUUCAGGACUACCACAGCUUUGUGAUGCAUGGCUGCACAGUAGAUAACCCCAUCCUGGAGCGUUUCAUCACCCUCUUCAACAGUGUCUCACAGUGGAUUCAACUUAUGGUGCUCAGCAAGCCCACUGCCCAGCAGAGAGCCGUCGUCAUCUCCCACUUCAUUAGAGUGGCACAGAAGCUGCUGCAGUUGCAGAACUUUAACACGCUGAUGGCGGUGGUGGGUGGCCUCAGCAACAGCUCCAUCUCUCGUCUUAAAGACACUCAGGCCCACAUCAGUGCGGAAACCAACAAGGUGUUCAACAGUCUCAUUGAACUGGUGACAUCAUGUGGAAACUACAGUCAAUACCGCAAGCGAUUCUCAGAGUGCUCGGGCUUUCGCUUCCCUAUUCUUGGUGUGCACCUGAAAGACCUGAUCGCUGUGCAUGUGGCGCUGCCAGACUGGGCAGACAAAGAGAAAACACGGGUCAACCUUGCAAAGACCCAACAGCUGUAUGCCAUCCUUCAGGAACUGGCGCUGAUCCAGAACACACCUCCAAACACUGAUGCAAACACAGACCUGCUGAACCUGCUUACGGUCUCUCUGGACCAGUAUCACACAGAGGAGGAGAUCUACCAGAUGUCUUUACAGAGAGAGCCUCGCAAGCCAGUGCAGAACUCCAGCCCUCCAACUGCGCCUGAUCCCAAGCCCACUAUGAUUGAUGAAUGGGCUGUGUCAGUGAAGCCCAACGCUGACCCGACGAUCAUCAAGAAACACAUAGAGAAAAUGGUGGAGUCAGUCUUCAAGAACUUCGACACUGACGGCGACGGCCACAUCUCCAGGGAGGAAUUCGAAGCAAUCAGGAACAACUUCCCUUACCUCAGUAAAUUUGGAGAACUGGACAAGAAUCAAGACGGGAAAAUCAGUAGAGAAGAGAUGAUAGACUACUUUAUGAAAGCCAGCUCUCUGCUAAACUGCAAGAUGGGCUUCAUUCACACUUUUACUGAGACCACCUACGUCAAGCCUACGUUCUGCGAGCACUGUGCUGGCUUUAUAUGGGGUUUUUACAAGCAAGGCUACAAGUGUAAAGCCUGCGGGGUGAACUGCCACAAAGCCUGCCGAAGCCGCCUGGCGGUCGAGUGCCGGAAGCGGACCAAGAGCAUCAGCCACGAGACGCCACCGGCACUGCAGGCCAGAUCCUACAGCUUCCCCCCACCUGCCAACACCCCGCCAAGCCUGCAGGACACAGUAAUUGCGGAGGAGGAUAUAGAGACGGUGGAGGAAGGAGUAUUUGACGUCCACCUAUAACCAGGCCUUUGACAGACUCCAGCUCUCUAUUUUAGAAACCCACCUACAGUUGGUGUGCACGAAGCCAAAUCAGCGCCUGUUGGGAUCCAGACACAGAAUGUGCUACAGUUUGUCAGUUUUACAGCCCUCAACACUGGGAAGAAAUUGCACUGACUGAACAAGCCAGGAUACCUACAUGCUGCCCCUUAGUGGACACAUACUGCUACUGCAACUCCACAUGAGAUGAAUGUGAUGACCAAUGUGAAUGACUGUAAGAUUUCUAUGUUAAAUUUCUGCAUUUUGAUUAUAUGUCAGCCAAGUGUUUUACUGUAAAAUGUUAUUAUAUAUUAAAAGAAAUCCACAAAAUUGUAUUUUCUUGGUGGAAUGUUGAAAUCUGUGGAUUAUAUUUGAGUACACUUUGCUAUAGAUAAGAAUGGCUGUCUACAUUUUCUUCAGAACAUAAAAGAGGUGCUAUUAUUGCCAAGAAUGUAUACCUGCCACCCAGACUAAGCUACUGUCUUCUGAGAUGCUCCGCUUUUAAGUUAAUUAUUUUGUUUUGACAUACAUUUCAGUGGACCAAUAAUAGCACCAAUUUUGCUGUCAAAUAACAUAUUGUUGAUCUUGUAAUGCCCGUCUCAAAAGUGUCUGCAAAAGCAUAAAUUUUAUCAACAAAAGAAACUGUGUGGACAGUUAUAAUCUGAAUGGAUUCAUAUAUGUGUGUUAUACUUUUGUCAAGUUUACCUUAAUAUCAGUAACUGUCCUAUAGUUAAUACUGUGGUGUUGUUUUGCGUAAACAGUACUGUCUUGUACCAGUGCACUGAUAGAGUAUCAAACCUCUUGCAGUACUGUGAAUGUAGCACAAAUACUGAAAUGCUGCUGUCAGAAGAAGAACUCAUCUUUCACAGUAAAUACGUUGACAGCAGAGAUGGAAACUUUGUAACUUCCCACUGAUUCCUCUGCUGGUUUUAACUGUAUUUGCUAGGCUUCUGAGACUGUUGGUAAAACUGUUAAAAAAAAAAGAGAGAGAGGGAAAAAAAAAACGAUAACAGAAGAAUAAUGUUUCAAAAAACUUGAGUAAUGAGGCUUUUCAUUUGGCAGCAGUGUAUAAAAACAUUUCCCUGAAAAUCAAUUUUGAUGCAAGUUGUGUUUAGCUGUUUUUAUCCUGCAUGCUUCUCCCUUCAUGGCUCUAUUUUGUGACCAGACAUCUCUGGCACUGAGGAUAUUUUAUUUUUUAAUGUAGCACGGCCUGUUAUCUUUUAUUUAGGAAACAUGAAGUCUGGAGUUCCAGACAGAGGGAGAUGGUUUCUGUUGCUUUGUGCCUGUGGAGAGAUGGAUUCAAACCUUGAGUGCCAUAUUGUUAACUGCUGGUUUGUCAUUGAAUGAGACUUCUCACAUGGUGUGUAUUUAUUUUUCCUGUAUCAAUAGUUGCCGGUCCUUCUGUGUGUUAUUCCCAGCUUGAUGAAGGAUGUUUAUUGUUAUUCUGUGAACAAAUCUUUCAGAGUGAUGUCAUGCUACUACAUGUGGUCCCUAGAUGAUUCUUCAGUAUUAAAAAACACAGACAUCACGUUAA